AAUGACGACCUCCUCUACAAGCAUGGCAACUACGAAAAGGAAAUUGGCAGAUUUGAGCGUGGAUGAAUUCAUGUCUGGUGACUUUGACAGCGAUGACUCGUCGUCUUUAGAGCCAAUGCCUGUUCCUGAUAUUAAAGGAAAGAAGAACAAGAAGAAAAAGAAAGCAAAGACCCCGACAGAAAAUACUGCCAGUGUUAAGAAACAGGAGAAACCCUCUGAGAAGAGCAUGAAAACUGUAACUCCGAAAAGUAGUGCUCCCAAGUCUGCAAAAUCCAAACAGAGUCUGGCCGAAAAGCUCAAGGAAGCAGAUCCAGAGUUUUAUAAGUUUCUUGAAACUGAGGACAAGAAGUUGCUGGAGUUCGAUGAGGAUGUUGAUGAUGAAGAUGAUGAGGAUGACGACGCAGAUUUAGAGGAGGAUGAUAGUGAAGAGGAUGAUGAUGGGAAGGAUCUGGAGAAAGUACUUCUCGCGCAGUCGAGCGAGGAAAGUUCCGACGAUGAUGAAGAAGAGGGUGGCGGAAAGUUUCACAAACUUCCUGAUAAACUUGAGGUUGCCAGUGACGACAGCGACGCUGAGGAUGACGAGGAGGAAGUGAAGGUCAGCGGUGAUAAACAGACUAAGGUCACGAUGAAGAUGGUGAAGAAAUGGUCCGAUUCAAUUGAGUCAAGCCCAAACAUUGCAGUUUUGCGAGAAGCUAUCUCGGCCUUCAAAGCUGCAGUAAAGAAAGCCAGUGAGAAGCAAGGGGAGACAAUCAAGUACAAGGUCGUAGGAAGCACUGUGUUCAACGGCGUCGUUCGUCUGUGUCUGAUGGAGGUGGUCCCAGCACUGCAGAGCAUCCUCAAAGUUCCCGACCUGACUCAACAGCAGACGCCAUUCUCGGCCCAGAACGCCAAGUGGAAGAAGCUCCGUGUUGACAUGAAGAGCUACAUGACCGACCUGCUCACUCUGUUGUCUGCCCUCUCGGAUGCCGCCAUGUUGAAUGUGAUCCUGAAACACAUCCACAAGCUUGUCUCCAUGUACGCCACAUUCCCCAAAGUGGCCCGGCUAUUGCUGAAGAAAAUGAUCCUGUUGUGGAGUACAGGGGAGGAGACGACGAGGGUGUUGGCGUUCCUGUGCAUCAAUAAGCUGGUGCGGAUGUUGCAGGAUGCCAUGCUGGAGCCGUGCAUGAAGCAAAUGUACAUGGCAUAUGUGAAGAACGUGAAGUUUACAUCCCCGACAACGUUGCCGCUGAUCAACUUCAUGCAGCGCUCCCUGGUGGAGAUUUUCCUGCUUGACUCUGUGCUCGCCUACCAGUACGCCUUCAUCUACAUUCGUCAGCUCGCCAUACAUCUCCGUAACGCCAUCACCGUCAAGAAGAAGGAUACGUGUCAGGCGGUGUAUAACUGGCAGUUUGUCCACUGUGUGGAGCUGUGGGCGUGUCUACUCGGCGCCUCCCAGUCUGACGAUGUCCUCCACCCACUCAUCUACCCGCUCACCCAGACCAUCAUCGGCACCAUCAAACUGCUCCCCUCACCGAGAUAUUUCCCGCUGCGGUUCCACUGUGUACGAUGUCUGAACACGCUGAGUAAAUCUACCGGAACCUUCAUCCCUGUCUUGCCUUUCCUGCUGGAGGUGUUUGAGCUGACUGAUUUCAACAAAAAGCACAAGUCUGUCAGUUUUAAGCCAUUCAACUUUGCCUGCAUCCUCAAGUUCUCUAAGAAGCAACAGGAAGAGAAGGUUUUCAAGGAUGGGCUUGUGGACCAGCUGUACGAGCUACUACUGGAACAAUUCAACAAUCAUGCUAGCUCCAUCGGCUUCCCUGAACUCGUGCUGCCCGCCAUGUUGCAGCUGAAGGACUUUUUAAAGAAAUGUAAGAUCGCCAACUACUGCAAGCAGAUUCGUCAGAUCGUGGACAAGGUGGAAGAUAACGUCAAGUUCAUCACACAGCGCAGGAAGGCUGUAACCUUUGCUAUUAGCGACUCCAAGGCUGUGGAAGCCUGGGAGCGACAGUGUUCAGCAGCAGGUGCCCCUCUGACUAAGUACUACACCGGCUGGAGGAAGCUCCGUGACCGGGAGCUACAGCACGAGAUCGCUGGAAAGGACAGGAUAAGCUUGGACGACAACAUCCCGACCAUUGAGAGGCCAAAGGUCAUCCCUAAAGCCACAGCAGAAGAUCGGAAGGAAUUCUCGGAGCUGUUUGAUUCUGACAGCGAUGAGUCCGACGAUGAUGAAACCAGGUUUCUGCCCCGCAAGGAACGCCCUGCCAAGAAACAGAAGACAUCCCCAGGAGACUCUGAGGACAGUCAGGAUUACAGUGAUUUUGACAGUGAUGAGUUGGAACAGCUAGCUCAGUCAGCCAGUGAUGACGAUGACGAUGAUGAUGAUGAUGACGAUGAGGAGGAGGAGGAGAAACCUCAGCCAGCACGAGGCAAGCAGAAGAAGGUGCCAAGCAAGCAGCAGAAGCAGACGGCAAAACCCGUGCAAAUGGAGGAUGACAGUGACCUUGACCUUGAUGAUGUCGUAGAAGAUUUUGAAAUGUCAGAUUCCGAUUGAUAUGUAAAGCUCUGAAUGUGGGAGAGAUGAUAGAUGCUGUUAUGUUUCUUCAUCUCUAUAUAUGUGUCAGUGCAGAUUAAAUUUCUUUCCUCUUGUUUUAGAACUUUAUCAAAAUCUUGUUUGUUAGUCUACAAAAUAAUAUCGGAUUGGAUUCUUUUGAGCAAAACUUUUUAGAAUGUUUUUUUAGCGUUUUUUUUAACGUUAUUGUUUUGAGAGAAGGUCAUUAGCUCUUUAACAUUGCCUCUUUUAGUCUCUACAACAUUUUAAUAAUCAUUGCAAUAGGUCAAAUAUUAUUCCAAAGAAUUUGUUAAGAAUUAUAGAUAUAGAUGAAGCAGAAAGAUUGUAUGAAACCCACAUAUGCUUGGAAAUAUUUAUCAAGAAUGAAAUAAAGGUCAUUAAGAUGAAA